CCGGAAAAUAUGACGUCACCAACCCCUUUUUUUUGUUUUUUUCUUCCGAGUUGACUUCGCACAGGGAUUGUCUAGAACGUUUUCAACGCCAACAAAAUGCCCCGUGUUUACAUAGGACGACUGAGCUAUCAUGUCCGCGAAAAGGACGUCCAGCGAUUCUUCGGCGCAUUCGGAAAGCUCUUGGAAGUCGAUUUAAAAAAUGGAUACGGAUUUGUGGAGUUCGAAGACAACCGGGACGCCGACGACGCCGUGUACGAGUGUAACGGCAAGGAGCUGUGCGGCGAGCGGGUGAUUGUGGAGCACGCCCGCGGACCGCGUCGCACCCGGGAGAGCUACGGUGGGGGUCAGUGGGGUGAUAGGCGCAGCAGCGGUUACAGCAGCAGCCGCAGCAACACUGGCAGGGAGAAGUACGGACCCCCCGUUCGUACGGAAUACCGUCUGACUGUGGAGAACUUAUCCAGCCGCUGCAGUUGGCAGGACCUCAAGGAUUUCAUGCGGCAGGCGGGAGAGGUCACCUACGCCGACGCCCACAAGGAGCGCGCCAACGAGGGCGUGAUCGAGUUCCGCAACAAGUCGGACAUGAAGCACGCCAUCGACAAGUUUGACGGCAUGGAAAUCAACGGGAGAAAGAUCCGUCUGGUGGAGGACCGUCCUCGCAGGCGCAGGUCCUACUCCGGCAGCCGCUCCAGAUCUCGCAGCCGCCGGCGUUCCCACAGCAGGAGCCGCAGGAGCCGAAGCUCCAGGAGUCCAUCCAGAUCCAAAUCUAGGUCCGGUUCCCGUAGCAACAAGCGCUCCAAGUCUGGAGACCGCAAGUCCACCUCUCGUAGACGCAGGUCGCCCUCGCGCUCAAAGUCCAAAUCCCGCUCGCACAGGUCCGGCUCUCCGUCCCCGGAGCGCAAGUCCAAGUCCCGCUCAAAGAGUCGCUCCAAGGUCCGGUCCGAGCGAGACUCUCGGAGCCGGUCCAAGGAGGAGGCGGACCAGAAGUCCCGCAGCCGCUCGCCCUCCCCCGUGGAGAACGGGAACGGGGAGCGGGACGCAAAGUCUGCGUCCCGCUCCCCGUCUCCUCGGGAGGACGAGCGCCAGUCCAGGUCCAAGUCCAAGUCCAGGGAGAAGCGCUCAGUGUCUGGCUCCAGGUCUAGAUCUGCUUCUCAGGAUUAGCACACCUGAGCUUCCAUCCUUGAAGCAGCACUUCCUGUCCUUAAAUCCUUCAUUCUGCUUUUCUUGUCCUCGUUGCUGGCCCACUCAUUUGGAAUUAUUAUUAUUAUUGACCUGGAUCUCAAUCUGUGUGUCUGUAUAUCAAUCUGAUAUUGUGUGUAUUCACUUGUAGGUGUGUUAGAUCCAUGUAGGUGUGUGUUAGAUCCAUGUACGUGUGUUGGAUCCACGUGCGUGUGUUGGAUCCACGUGCGUGUGUUAGAUCCACGUACGUGUGUGUUGGAUCCACGUAAAUGUGUGUUGGAUCCACGUAAAUGUGUGUUGGAUCCACAUAAGUGUGUGUUGGAUCCACAUACGUGUGUGUUGGAUCCACAUACGUGUGUGUUGGAUCCACAUACGUGUGUGUUGGAUCCACGUACGUGUGUGUUGGAUCCACGUACGUGUGUGUUAGAUCCACGUACGUGUGUGUUAGAUCAACGUAGGUGUGUGUUAGAUCCAUGUAAGUGUGUGUGUUAGAUCCAUGUAAGUGUGUGUGUUAGAUCCAUGUAAGUGUGUGUGUUAGAUCCAUGUAAGUGUGUGUUAGAUCCAUGUAGUUGUGUGUGUUAGAUCCAUGUAGGUGUGUGUGUUAGAUCCAUGUAGGUGUGUGUGUUAGAUCCAUGUAGGUGUGUGUUAGAUCCGUGUACGUGUGUGUUGGAUCCACGUACGUGUGUGUUGGAUCCACGUACGUGUGUGCUGGAUCCACGUACGUGUGUGUUGGAUCCACGUAGGUGUGUGUUAGAUCCAAAAAUGUGUGUUUUUAGAAGUAAAACACGUCUUUGGAGCAAAAACACAAGUACAAGGAUCUGAGUACACACACAUCAGAUGGAUAUACAGACACACACAUCAGUACACACAAAUUAGAUUACAGACGCACUGAUUGAGGUCCAAGUUUGCAAACAGUUUUGCUCCAAUAAUACUUCGAUCGACUAAUUAGUUGGCAUGAAACGUUCUCAACUAGUUCCAACUUUACAAAGUAUACGGUGUCUCUUUUUGCUAUCAAUCGUCACAUUGCAUCAAAUGUGCAUUUUUUUGUAAGCGUACGAUGAAUUAAAGACGGAAAUAAAAUCC